GAGAGGGCCGGGAAGAGGGAGCGGCUGGGCUCUGGGGACCUGCGGGGGCCGUGCGGAGACGGCGCCAGUGCGCGCGGCCUUGCCGCACAGAGCGCAGUCGCAGCUCUCCGGCCGGCGGACGAAUGAGAGUGCGGGGCCCCGGGGGGCCGGAACCUGGCGCGGACGCCGGGAACUUUGCUCCCGAAGGCGGAGGGCUGAGUCCUGUCGCUGCUUCUCCGGGGCCCGGGCUGCCCGCAGGAUUGUUGGCGUUCCUGAGGAGAGUGACCACAGCUGAAAGCCAGCAGCUCGCCACACUGAAUCCUGUGCCCAGGAUUAACAGCAGACCCUCCCUUUGGUAGUAGUCAGAGGGGAAGAAUCCAUCUUCUUAGAACAUGGCAGGCAAGAAAGUGCUCAUUGUCUAUGCUCACCAAGAACCCAGGUCUAUCAACGGCUCCUUGAAGAAAGUGGCAAUGGAGGAGCUCAGCAGACAGGGCUGCACCAUCACCGUGUCAGACCUGUACGCCAUGGACUUCGAGCCACGGGCCACCAGGAAAGAUGUCAUCGGUGCUCUCUCUAAUCCCGAGUUCUUCAACUAUGGGGUGGAAGUAUAUGAAGCCUUUAAGAAGAGGUCUCUGGCCAGUGACAUAACUGACGAACAGAAAAAGGUUCAGGAAGCUGAUCUAGUGAUAUUUCAGAUUUGGAACCGCCAAGAUGGGUCCGACUGGUCCCGAGUGUCUCAGUUUCCAACACAGCGUGAAGGCAAGGAGACGUUCCCGCUGUACUGGUUCGGCAUGCCGGCUAUCCUGAAGGGCUGGAUGGACAGGGUACUGUGUCAGGGCUUUGCCUUUGACAUCCCAGGAUUCUACGAUUCUGGUUUUCUCAAGAAUAAAUUGGCCCUCCUCUCGUUAACCACGGGGAGCACAGCCGAGAUGUACACGAGAACCGGAGUCAGCGGAGAUUUCCGAUACUUCCUGUGGCCCCUCCAGCAUGGGGCACUGCACUUUUGUGGAUUUAAAAUCCUCGCCCCGCAGAUCAGUUUUGCUCCUGAGAUUGCGUCAGAAGAGGAGAGGAAGGCCAUGGUGGCGUCCUGGGCCCAGCGGCUGAAAACCAUCUGGGAGGAAGAGCCCAUCGACUGCACGCCUCCUUGGUACUUCGGGCAGUGACGCCUCGCGCCUCAUCCACGGCACGGGCACUGCCUGCACCUGUGAAGAGAUGAUCCCGUAAUAAAAGGAAAUUACAACAGA